AAAUCUCUCCGAAUGCGGGCGCAUGUCAAUCACCGGGCUCUCAUGUGAUGGCUCUUGCCGGUGACGUGCCAGCCAUAUGGGCGCUGGCAUCACAGCCAUAGCUGACACGCCAGGACGCCGGGACAGGAGGACGCACCGUGCGACCCAUCAGCAACAGUAAACGACAUCCGCGCGCAUCCUGCACCUGCAAGCUGACGAAGAGCGGUGCUUCGCUCGCUCGUGCGUCCCUGAAGAUGGUUUGAAACCAAAGCGCAUGGUUUUCUUCCUCUCGGUUUUUGCCUCCCAUCAGCCGCGAAAAGCGAAAGCAAAGAUUCACAAUGUUGACGAGGCUUUUCAGUGAUCCUUCGUUGCUUCCCGACGUGCAAAAAUACUCCGCUUGGGCGGAAGACAGCGAUGGAGAGGACCAAAAAAUCAAAGACGAGGAUCAGGAUGCGCAGGAUGACAUGGAGGCCUCUGACCUGAGGGGAAGCAGUCGGACGCACUCUGAGCAUGCCGGGGAUGACGACGAGGACGACGACGCGGAAGAAGACGGUGAGGAUGGUGAGGAUACUGAGGGUGACAGGCCCAAGAAAAGGGGCCCUAAAAAGCGCAAAAUGACCCGGGCCCGGAUCGAGCGCUCCAAGGUGCGGAGGAUAAAGGCCAACGCUAGAGAGCGGACCCGGAUGCACGACCUUAACUCUGCACUCGACAAUCUGCGUAAAGUUGUGCCCUGCUACUCCAAAACACAAAAACUGUCCAAAAUCGAGACGCUGCGUUUGGCAAAGAACUAUAUAUGGGCCUUGUCAGAGAUACUACGCUCUGGGAAAAGGCCUGACCUUGUUUCCUACGUCCAGACCUUGUGCAAGGGGCUCUCUCAGCCCACUACCAACCUGGUGGCGGGAUGCCUGCAGCUGAACUCCCGAAACUUCCUCACUGAGCAACAGUGUCAGGACGGGGGCAGGUAUAGUUCCGGCUCCUUCUCCAUGCACUCCUACCCGUACCAGUGCGCGCGUCUGUCCAGUCCCCACUGCCAGCCGGGCUCGAACUCGCAUCCGCUGAGGACGCACGGUUAUUGCUCGGCGUACGACUCCCUGUACGGUGGGAGCGGAUCGCCGGAGUAUAACAGCCCCGAGUAUGAGGGCCCUGUCAGCCCGCCAUUGUGCAUCAACGGCAACUUUUCCCUGAAGCACCAAGGUUCUGGUUCCCCGGAAAACGAGAAGGGAUACCACUACUCUAUGCAUUACUCUGGCCUGCCUGGCUCCAGACCCGCAGGGAGCCACAAUCUGGUGUUUGGCUCCUCAGGGGCCCGGAGCGGCAUUCACUCUGAAAACGGCCUGCCUUACCACGACAUGCACUUACACCACGAGCGGGCCCCCGUGUAUGAUGAACUGAACGCGUUUUUUCCACAAUUAAAAAGUGAAGCCCAUCGUGCGUCCUCUUGUUGUCAACAAUCCACCCUCGACACACUUUUGGACUAAGCCCGCCAGGAUUCAGGCAGUAUCCUGGAAACAAUAAUAAUAACAAUAAUAAGACCUGUCACUCAUGUUUUAAUUGGUGUUUUUUUCCCUUUACUUGUCAAUAUCCAGUCUGUUUUGCUAUAGUCAGGGAUGUAGUGGAAUUUCUACAACAUCUUUUUGCGCUAUAAAAGCUUUCCAUCCUUUGAAAUUGACAUGCAUUUCAAUGGGAUUUAAUAAACAAACCGCAUUAAAAAGAGAACAAUAGGGUUUGAAAUGAUAUUCAUCAUGUGUGAUUUGUGUUUGUAUUAGUGAUUGUAUGCAUUUUGAUGGAAGGACGUCCUAUUUCACCUCCACACAUUUUUUCUUGUACCACUACAUCGCUGGCUAUACAGCAACACUCCCCCAAUCAUGGUGACUAUGUUAUAAAGGAAAAAUAAAGACAACAUCACCUGCAAGGGACAAAAUAAAAUAAAAAAAUCUAACAGGAGUGCAAAAACAAAUGCAGAGUUGUUAAAAAAAAAAAAAAUAGAAGAUGUGUUAGUUGGGUUGUUUUUAUGAAAAUGAAUUGUAUAUUUUUUCCGCCAGGAAAUCAGUCGUUUGGCAUCUAUGCAAAACCCUACGAGAGCACGAAGCAAGGCAGUAAAAGGCCCAGAAAGACACUGAUCCAAUGACAGCACUGUUGCUGCACACACACACACACACACACACACACACGCAUACAAACACACACACUGGCAUCACAGUUAAGAAAUCUGACAAACAAAAUCGUCAAUUGAAUUCAAACACUUUAAAAUACACUGGAACUGACCAUGGAAGAUAUUUCUCACUUAAUUUAUUUCUAUUGUUUUGUUAGUCUAACAGGGUCAUUACACUGUAUUUUUGCUUUAUUGCCUAUGUUUCUUUAAUAUCUGUUGUUAUUAUUAUUAUUAUUAUUAUCAUUAUUACUGCACGUGUUUUAUUAUUUAUUUUGUAAUUAUUGUUAAUAGUUCAAGGAAAUGAAAGAACCCCUGUGUUGCUGGUCACUUUUUCUUUUUUUUUUUUCAUAGAAAUUAAAAUCUUUCAACUUUGUAUUCAGCUGACUGUGUGGUAAAAUAAAAUAACAAUAAAUGA